GUACAAAAGGAGCGAGUGGACUCGAGUGAUUGAAAAGGCUAGAAAAAACAAUAAAAAGAGGAGUAAGGAGAAUCUAGUAACCCAACAACAAGGUGUAAGUGUUUUUGAGAAGGGGGAAGGUAGUAAGGUGAGCCGGAAUCAUUUACUAGCUUCAUUGGGCAAGCCGGAGAUUUUGGUUAACGGUAAUAUAGAAGGAGGAAAUACUGGUGAGAGUAGGCAAAACAUUGAGAUUUGUGGAUAUAGGUAUUGGAAUUGGAAGGAGGGGAGACAUCUCAUAUGUAAGUUAUGA